CUUACUGGAACACAAAGCCACAUCAGCGAUCUAAAAAAUGAUCUGUCCGAUGGUAUUACUCUUAUUCAGAUCGUGGAAACACUGCAGAAGGAGAAGUGUGUUGGCAGAAUUUACAGAACAAAACCGAAUGAAAUUCAGAAAAUUAUGAAUGUGCAAUUGGCACUCGAUGCUCUCAAAACGGACGGUGUACGCCUCAUCAAUAUUGGGGCACAUGAUAUCGUGGAAGGCAAUCUGAAGCUAAUACUUGGAUUAGUGUGGUGUAUAAUACAACGUUAUCAAAUUGAUUCACAAACAAAAUUACCGGCAAAAAAAUUACUUAUGUAUUGGCUCCAGGUACGGCUUUAUAAUUAG